CAACACGAAAAAGCAAGAUAAAAUUCCACAGCCUCUCUAAAUAAGAACACCUUAUCACCUCAAACUUAAACUAAUCCAUUUCUUAUUCAACCACUGUAAGAAACCAUCAACAUGAGUGGAGGCUUCCGGCCUCCCGAAAGUUGGCCGUUCGGACAGGAGUACUGGAUUUAUCUGCCUGUUAAUCGAUCCGGCCUGCUUCCUCCGAUCAGAUCUCUGAAUCCAAGAGGAACAAGAAAUCCAUGGCUGUUAGUUGAGGAGAGAUUCAACGGAGGCCAUGAUCAUGGCUUUGCGAGUUUCCCUCCACCGGCAGCCCCUCAUCCCUUCCACCUCAUCGAGGACUCGUACCACCAGCCGUGGAACACGCGGUCGUCCGCAGAGGAGGAGUCGAAGCUGAGCCCGGAAGAGCAGAAGCAGGCAGUGAACAAGCUGAGGAAGCAGCUCUACAGCCCCCACAUAUACAACAUAAUCAAGAGAUUAGGCAACAAGUCCGCGGCGGCUGCUGGAAGCGACGACGAAGGCAAAAGGUGCGCCAUCUGCCUGGAGGAUUUCGAGACGAAGCAGUUCGUGACGAUCACACCUUGCAACCACAUGUUUCAUGAGGAAUGCAUCGUUCCCUGGGUCAAGAGCCAGGGGAAAUGCCCCGUCUGCAGGUUCGUCAUUGUCGAACGCGCUCAGCCUAGAGCAGCAGCCGCCUCCGCCUCCGCCUCCGCCUCCUCCAGGCGCCUCCUCUUUUAGUUAUACUCCACUAUGUAUUUAUUGUGUGUACUGCUUAAUGCUUACAGACACUGAGACAAGUUGUGAUGACAAUAUACUAUACAUUGCAAGAAGGCUUCAUUUAUAAA